UAGAAAUUGAUUUCAUUUUGGAUUGAAGUAUUCAAACUAAUAGUUGGGUACAUAUUGAAAGGAUCUCUAGAGAUGAUCACUCCUUAAUUUCUACCAAUUCCUCCUAUAAUAUUGUAAAGAGAACUAGCAACUUAAUUUUAUUCAAGAUAAGAGACAACUCUAUUAAAUGUGUUCAAAUUAUCAUUUUCUAAAACAAAUCUAUAUGUCCAAGCUAAAGAAGGUACUCCUUAUUGAAUAAAUGUUAAGAGCUGUUCUUUAGUUAAAGAAUCACCUAAUCUCCAAUUAAAUUGGAGUGACGCAACAUUGUAUUUAAGUAAAGUACUAAAUCCAACUUAAAACCAAUUCCAUUCAACUGAUUCCCCUAAAUACUUUGCAUUUUCUUUAAUGAUUAAAUGUAAAGUAAUAUUCUUUGCUUAAAUUGGGGCCUAUUCUAUGUUUUUUCCAUGUAAAAUUUGAUCUGCAACUGAUAAUAGAACACUUGUGCAUUCAGUGACGUC